AUGGCGGAAUUUGCCGAAGAAUCGUUGGAAAAGCUUCUGCCGGCCUUUGAAGUUGUUUCACACUCCAAAUUAAUUGCUCCAGAACAUGUCAAAGAGUUUAUCAAUCGCUGCAAACGUUUUGAAUACCGCUUCCAGAAAAGAGUAAGUUUACUACUUUCCUUAUUAUAUUUUCUUACUUUUAGGUUAAACGGGAGAACGAUUGGAACGAUUAUAUCAAAUAUUUGAAAGGAUUUCUGACCUACUGGAAGAUAAAGUUAGAUGAAGCGAAUUUGGCAAUCGGAAAGAAUGUGGUUUACGUGAAAAUCCAGAAGAAGAUUGCUUGGCUGUAUAGAACAAGGAGUCAACGAUCCGGGGUAAGAGUUAAGCCACAAAUUCGCUUUUUUAUAUUAUACAUGACAUCUACCUAAAAAUUCUUUUCAGAGGCUAGAUCAUUACCUAGAAGAGGCCAGAUACUGUGCGAGAUUUGUUGUGCUGUACAAGGAUGCCAGUAUUGCCUAUGGAAAGAUGUUGCAGGUUCGGUUUUGCUUCGUUUUUCUGUUAUUCUUUAGAUUCACAAUACCAAACCUGAAUUGUUUGCUGAAGCGGCAGAGUUUGAGUCCAAGAAGAACAACUCCGCGCCGAAUGCAAGAACUUUGGUUCAGAUUGGAUUGAGGAAGUUCCCGGACUCUGCGGUGCUUUAUAAAGAGCUGUUCACCACCGAGUGUCGAUUUGUUCAAUAGUAAGUUACAAAUUUAUAUAUUUGUUUGAUGUUUAGGAGUAAAGUCGUCGAUGUUUUGGUUUGGAUAGCGGAAGAAGGUCUUAAGUCGUAUAUUAGAUUAUAGUUGGAGCUAAAUUUUAGUUUUUGAAAUGCGUUUUUGAGCCAAUGUUACACUUGGUCUCAUAAAUAAUGUAACUUAUUUUUUGACCAGGUUUAUUACUUUAUUACCGCUUGGAACUGAUCAGCUAAGUUUUAUUAGGUAUCACGAAGCAAAUUUUGCUUCAGAUACUAUGUUUAAAACAUGUUUUUGCGCUUAUAUUGCACUUGAUCUCAUGAAUAAUAUAGAAUUUUAAAACAGCAUAAUUUUUUUAGCAUUCGUGAUCGACGAGACAUUCUACUUGGCCAGGACGUCAAAGCCAGAAAUUUGGAACGUCCUGAGGGCGCCGUAGAAGAGGAUGAACCAACGAAAUCGGCUGAAAAACCCACCGAGGACAAAACUGAUGGCCCUUCUGACUUUGUUUCUCGCGAUGACAAGGUUUUGAACCUCGAAUUGGUCCGUAUUGUCCUUGAUGAAGCCGAAAAGACGUUGGCCGAAGAAGAAAAGCCCGGUAAGAUAUUAAACUUUGUCAUGAAUAAUAUAAUUUUAGACUUCCAUGAGGAGUGUUAUAAAAUUUCGAGGAGGUAUCCAGCCGUAAAAGAGGUCAGUGGAGAGCUUGCGAAGUUGGUUGAGGAAGAUAAAAAGAAGAUUGGAAAGAAAUUUGACCCUGAAAACAUUGAAGAAGACGGAGGUGAUGUUGACGAAGAAGAUUUGUUCUUUGAAGAUGCUCAACCAGAGAAAUCGGGAGAAAUUGCGGAUGCGGAAGAUGCUGAAGUUCAUGAAGAAGGUGAUCAAUCUUUGAAAUCGUCGAAAACUUGGGAACCACUUCCAGAAAUUGACGAAGAAGCCGUCAAAAAGGUAAAAUUUUUCAUUUUUUCUUGGUUUUUAGAUUUCCAUCCUCUCUAACGCAAUGAAAUCCCUUCAGAUGCUCGCCAGAGCUGUUGUCGACGAUGAUUACGAUAAGAAAGCGAUCCAGGAGAUCCAAAAGAAGAGCGCCAGACAACAGAAGAGAGAACGGAAGGCCGAAAGAGAAUCGACCAAAGGAAAGGGAUGGUUCAAUUUGCCGGCUACGGAGCUUACUGAAGAGACUAAACGUGACCUGGAGUUGCUUCAGAUCCGAGGUUCCAUUGAUCCGACUGCACAUUAUCGAAAGAAUGACCUCAAAGUUUUGCCAAAGUACUUCCAGGUGAGGAUUUUGGGAAUUACGGUUUUUGAAGGGGAUUUAUGGAAUUUUAAGAUGUGUUUUUGUGAUAGUCAUGGAGUUUUUAGACUGGUACUUGAUGGGAGAUGAAAAAUAAAUUUUUGUGAAAUGGAAAAGUUGGGUAAAAUACGCGUUUUUUCUUUGGUGGGUAAAAUUUUGGGUUUUUUUUAUAGCGUUAUAUUUUUUUUUUGCUUUUUUUGGGUAUUAAUUUAGUUUACUGUGACCUCUUAGGCGUCUAGAUGAUGACCGUAGUAAAAAACGAGGCGAUUUGACAAUAAAAAAAGAGGUAAAAUACGCCCAACAAUAAAAUUUUCAAAGGGGAAAAAUAAAAGUCCUGGUUUGUUAAAAAGAUAGCAAAAAUUGUCCAAAAAUUGAUUGUAAUAAACCUUGUUUCCAGACUGGCCGUGUCAUCGACAGCCAUGCCGACUUCUACUCGAGCCGCAUGACCAAGAAGGAGCGGAAACAGACGAUGGUGGAGGAAUUGAUGGACGAUUACAAAACCCUGCAAAAGAACAAGAAACGCUACAGUGAGAUCAAAGCCGUUGAAGCGCAGACCCGCAAACGAAAGGGCAUCCCGUUCCAGAGAUUCUCCAAAAGAAAGAAAAAUCCCGUAUAG